AACGAGACCAGUGGUCCUCUAAAGGACAGACCUGGCAGAGAAGGCACGUGGGCACAUAGCAUCACUGACGGUCUAGAAUUGCUUGAAACCCUUCACUGGUGCGAGGAUCUCGAGCUCGAACCCAUCCUCGCAGUCUGGGAUGGCUUCUACCUGAGUGGA